GAAGGUUUUGUUUACAUUUUUUGUCAACAAUAAGCUUUUAAUUUUUUGGCUUCUAAAUUGAUUGUGAUUAUUUUUUCUUCCAAUUAAAUUAAAUUAAUUUUCGCCCACUUGUUUGAAUGUUUUCUUUUCACCAUUUACACUGGAUUCUGGUCUGUAUUUGUCUACGGUUACGAUUUGGAUUUGAAAGGUGACCCAUUAAAUUUUCUGUGUUUUCUUAUUGUUGUUGAUUUUCAUUAUGGGUAAACAAAAAAAGAAACGCAAAGGACCUUACAUUGAUCUGCUCUGUGAAUGGUCAGGUUGUAGUGACCAGCAACAUGUGGAUGCAAGUUCAUUUGCGGAACAUGUUAAUGGACACCUUGACCAGAUCAUCAGUACCCAUGAAAAUGAGGAGGGUAAAUUGUUCUGUGGUUGGUUUGGUUGUGCGGACAAAACGUUUGAUUCAACAGAUGAGCUGAUUGUCCAUGUUUCAUAUCAUGGAUUUCAUACUAAACUGAUGAGCUAUGGGUCGGUGGUCAUGAAGGCGAUUAGUGAAGAUUUGGGUAAAGAGGUCACUUGUGGUAUCGAUGGAAGCACUCGGACAAUACUUCCUGAUCUUCCCAAUAUAUUUGUCUGUGUUUGGAAAGACUGUCCGGAAACCUUUUAUCGAGCAGAAGAUUUUUACCAGCACGUUGAGAAACACCCGUUUGAACCAACGGAUCCUUCGACUUCAGCUGAUGAUGAUCAAGGAUCAAAUGAGGAAAGUUCACCAGAUGAUAGAGCUCUGGUUCCAUUUGGACAUGCAACUGAUCCCGAUCCAUCCUCAUUCCUUGAUGCUGAUGGUGGCGAAGGUCCAUCAUUUUUGAACAAGGAUCAAUUUAAAUGCUACUGGUCAGAUUGUUCAUUCAUUUCUGAUUCAAAUUCUCAUAUUGCUCAACAUUUACGCAGUCAUACUCAAGAGAAGAUAAUUGCUUGUCCCAUUUGCGGUGGAAUGUUUUCCAAUAAGGGUAAAUUUCGUGAUCACCUUUUACGACAAUUAGAUGAUGAGGAUAGUAUUAUUGAAGAUCAAGCGAUAACCCUAAAAAUCAAUGAUCAAGAAUUCAUGGUGACAAUCACUCCCAACGGAAUUGGAUCACCAGGACCAAGUGGAUCAAUGUACCGAUGUGAACACUGUGAUAAAUCAUUUCAUUCAAGUUCCCUUCUUCGUGAACACAAUCGUCGCCACUUUCACAGUCAACAAUGUGACCUUUGCGGUCGAACCAUGGAAUCACCUUCAGCAUUAAAACACCAUAUGACCUAUCGACACAGUGAAGAUCGACCCUUUGCCUGCCAAUUCUGUUCAAUUCGAUGUAAAACCCGUUACGAUCUACGGAGACACCUUGAAACCCAUUCUAAAAGUAAUCCCUUCAAGUGUUCACUCUGUAAAUUUGAAUGCCGUUGUUGUCACACUCUAACCAAACACAUUAAAAAGUACCAUCAGUCCACAUCGGCGAUCAGUGAAUAUCUUUGCCAUGAAUGUGGCAGAAAGUUCACCAGAGGUAAUAACCUUUCCCGACAUUUAAGCUCAAUCCAUGGAUACACCUUACAACCAGGUCAAUCUCGAUUUACUUACGUUCGAGAUAGCGACGGAAUCUAUACACUUGAUCAAUCAUAAUUAGCAACUAAUCAACUUCACCUAUUGAACAAUUAAUCUUUCUAAUCAUCAACGCUUAUCAUAUAUUCAUACCUUUGAUUUGUAUUCACCUUUAAACUUUCAAUUCUCACUCAUUAUCACACAUACAAUCUCAUUGAGAGAAUUAAAAAAAUCUCCUCCUGAUCAAUCAACAAUUAAGUUAUGAGAUAUCAACAAUUAACUUUCAACACUUUGAAUUGACCACUGGACAUUUAUACUCAACAUUUUUGAUAGUCACUGUUACCAAAUUAUUACAUACACUUAUGAAUUAAUCUUAAUUGUAAAAAGUUGUUUCUAUGCAUCAACAGAGGUCGACAUGAACAUCAUAACAAUUAAUCUUAAUCAUUUACAUUUAACUGAAAUUGUUGGCAGAUUUUCAAGUUAAUCUACUUGAUUAAUUCAGACCUAAUAAACUAAUUAAUAGUUUAAUCCAAUCC